AUAAAAUGGUGCGAUCAGAAAGCUGCACGUUGUGCUUAACAAGUGAAUCGAAAUGGUUUGUAGAGGUUUUCUGCGAGGACAACCAGUCAAAGGAUAUCGCUUUCAUCAUAUCAAAACACCUCGACUGGUUCGACCUGAAACCUUGUGAAGAACCGUUGUACGUAUGUGCUGAUUGCUGGAAAAGUGUACACGAUUUUGAUCUUUUUUACUGUAAGUUGGAAAAAAUCCAUCGCGAAGUGGUCAAUGCUCUGCCGUCCGGCACCGCUCAAAAUAUCGGCCAACCUGAUUUCGAAUUUCAAGAGAUUCACGAAGUGAAAAUUGAACCUCCUGAAGGAGCAGAGAACGAUGAUGAAGCCGUCAACGACAGUCAUGGGGCGCCAUCCUCCGAGCAGCAAAAAACUGGUGACGAGGACGAUAAUAAAACGUUCACCGACAUGGAAAAAGAGAGGAGGCCCAGAAGAAGCCGCUCCUAUCCUGUAAAGUACAAGUCCGAAUCCUCCAAUUCAGAGUGGGACGAAAAGGACUUCCUUGCACCAGACAUCCAAUAUGAUGACGAUGAGCCCGACGACAAUGAUGAUGAUGACAUAGAUGAUGACGAUGAUGAUGAAAUUGACGAUGACGGCUUCAUAAACCAUGAUAUACUGAAUAGUAAGAAAACAAAUGUUCUGGCACAAGAAACAUCAGCUGUUGUAAAAAAUGAACCCGCUGCCAGAGAAGAACAAGAUGCAACCCUCAAUGCCCCCGUGCCUCCGAAACGCGGCAGAGGACGACCACCUAAGCGGAGACCCGAUGAAAAUAUCCCUAGUACCAGCAACGCAGACCGACCGAAGCAGCUCGAUCAUCGACCCAAGGGUAAACGUGGCCGCAAACGUGUGAAAUCUGUAGCAAGUAGUGAUUCCGACACAGAGUAUUUAUCUGAUUACGAAGACACAAUGAAAGUUAACAAGAACAAAAAGAAACCCCAAUGCAAACGACAGGCAAGAGAUGCGAAAAUUUUUUCCUACAUCGACGAGUUCUUCUGCUAUUACUGUCCGGAUAAAGUACUGUUCCAGCGUUUCCAUCAUGCGAAUUUGCACUAUAAGGAGCUGCACGAUGAACCAGCCUUCCUGCGGUGUCCGCGCUGUGGCAAGAAGUGUUUCACACCGGGGGGAUUUUUGAGUCACAUGGAAACCCAUGAAGAUCCGGAUAAGAACAAGUGUCCUAUCUGCGGCAAGGUGACGGAUCAAAAGAUCACGCUCAAGAAGCACAUGCGUGCACAUCAGCUAAAGUUAGAGGGAACUCUCCCGUACCCUUGUGGGCAGUGUCCACGGAGAUUUGAACAGGAGAAGGUUCGUGAUAAGCACGAGCGAUUGCAUGGACGAAAGAUUGUUAUUCGAAAGGAAAAGGGUCGCGAUCUGGAGGUGCUUGCGUUCUACAAACGCAUCAACUGCGAUGUGUGUGAGGAGACCGGACCAGGCUCAACGUCAUUCGACAACUUUUGGGAUUUGAAGGUUCACAUGGGCAAUGCGCACAACAAGAAUCCAUACCUCAAGUGUCCGCAGUGUUUCGUCAAGCUCGCCUGCCGGCAACAACUGCUGGUCCACAUAGACGUGCACAACAAUCCGCACAACUAUCGGUGUGAGGUGUGUGGUGAAGUACACCAGAAUCUCGAAAAGCACAUGAUCAAAGCGCACACACCGGAAACGGCGAUUCCGAACGACGAAAAGAAUUACAGCUGCGAACAUUGUGGAAAAAUGUUCAAAUGUGAAACGAAUCUUCGAAAUCACAUUGAUCGUUGUCACGGGGUGAAGGACGUAAGCUGCAAUGUGUGCAAUAAAUCUUUCAGCCGUAAGGCACUUGGUGCCCACAAGCGCUCCGCACACAGUGACGAGAUGUUUAUGUGUGAGCACUGCCCGAAAAUGUUCAAAACGCGCAGUGGGCUCGAGUCCCACAAAGGAGAACAUGACGCAAACCUGCGCAGGUCGGUCAAGUGCACGCUAUGCGGUAAGGAGAUGCGACGCGGAGCCAGCAUGGCAAAACACAUGAAAACGAUCCACUCGCAAGAAGAUCCGGUCAACUGCAAUCUAUGCGGUAAGGUGUUCCGCACUUCGUUCCACAUGAUGCGACACCGAGCCAACACCUGCGCCGCCACCAUCAAUUCGCGGCCGUACAAAUGCGAGGUGUGUGGCAAAGGUUUCGCCAUGAAACUCACGAUGACUGAACACAUGACGACACACACUCGUACCAGUCUAUAUCAGUGCGCUUUCUGCUUCAAAACGUUCGGCUACAUUUCGAACCUUUACAAACAUCGAAAGAAGGCCCACCCUCUGGAAUGGCAAGAGGUACAAGCGCGUCCGGAAGACGGCAUUGCGACCGUAAUAGAAAUAAGAAACUAAACGCCUAGUAAUGUAAUUAGUGGGUGGUGUUAAGAGAGGUGCCAUUCGAUAUUCUCCGAUCUUGUGUACGAAUUCUUCGUAGAGAAAGAAGAAUUCAGAAGAAGAAAAACAAGUGUUACAAGACUGAUAUAUAUUUUCACGUCCGUCAGGUCGACGCUGUAUUUUAACCAUUAGGUUUGUAACAUACUGCUUGCAAUUAUGCAAUAAUUUCUUCAUUCGCGCGAUGGCACGCAUCGCAGGAAAGAGCAAAUAGAACGUCAGUGUAUUAAAGGUCAUUAUUAUUUCAGCACAAAACCUUGUUUGGUAGAUAGUAGAGGUUCAUGCGAGAUAUUUUAGCUUACUGUGUAAAAUUCA